UGGUUGAUGUCCCGAUUUCCCCCUUAGUUUUCUUCAGCCCUCACAAAUCCUCUAUCGAAGUGGGCAAAGUGCUUCUUCUUCUUCUUCUCUUUACCAAUUGAUUGCAUAAAGGAUUUAUAUCAGUACUAGGGUUUUGAAGCAUCGUUUCUGCAUUCGACUUAUCCCGAUGUAUGCUGAUCGUGUGGAAGCUGGAGGGAAGAGGUCUAUAAGGGACCGUCUCAAUGGAAACACAGUCGAAGUAUCCGCUCGGAGGCAAAUUACUGGAAAAAGGCAAAGGUCGGAUGAUGAUGACAAGUGGGAACAUGAUCUUUACAAGGAUAAUGAGCCACAAGUUUCAAACCGUAAUGUUGGCUCAAAAGAUCUUCGUUUGAAGCUUCAGAGGAAAGCAAAUCAAGGUGCAAAUGGAUCUCAUUCAGGCACCAGGGAUUUGCGAGAGAAGCUCUCUGGUGUCACCUAUCAACAGACAGUUAAGGAUGAUAUUCAAAAGCCAAAGACAGUAGUUCCCCAGGUCAAAAAACCUGCACAAAAGGGUGUCAUUGUAGAAAACCCUGAGCCAGAGACCAAGAGAGUUGCUAGCACAGCUCAAAAGAAAAAGUCCUAUCAAAAGACUGAAUCUGUUGAUAGCUUCCUGCAGUCACUGGGACUUGAAAAGUACUCCAUUGCAUUCCUAGCAGAGGAAGUUGAUAUGACUGCUCUUAUGCACAUGACUGAUGCUGAUCUGAAAGCUGUAGGAGUACCAAUGGGCCCAAGAAAGAAGAUACUUUCAGCGCUGGAAUCCAAAGGUUGAUUGACAUUGAGUGAAAAUGAAGUUUGCUUUGUUGUUUGAAUCCCAAAGUCGCUUUUAACGUAGAAUUUGCAACACAAUAUACAUUUGUGUUUUUUUUCUUGUAUGAGGAGAGAUACUUUAAUGUGUUCUUUUUUUGCAUAAUCUCAGUUAUACUGUCGCUCUCAUCAAUUAUGUAUCAUUUUUCUACUAGGACGAUGACGGGACUAAAUUAGUAGAACAUUAAAUAUGAAUGAACGUUAUUGUAUGACAAUUAUAGAACUCAAUUAUUAUUGUUUAUUUUAUUGGUAUCUUUAUUACU